CAAAUAUGAAAACUAAAAUUAAGAAAUAGCCUCGAACGUUCUCUCUCCCUCUCUCAAGGUACACACACUAUUUUCCUUUUUCUGUAAGGAUUCUGUUUUUCACGAUGUCAUGUCUCCUCUUUACUCUCGUUCGAAUCUCUUCUGUCUAGCGAAUUCCUUGUCUUCCUGUUCCUUGUCUUGUUGCUUUCAUAUCCAAAUAGAUGGAGAAGGGGGAAUCAACAAGCACGUCUUACUCCGACACCAACGGCUCAAACGAACCAGAUCACGACUUUGAAUGCAACAUCUGCUUCGAGUUAGCUCAAGACCCCAUCGUCACUCUCUGCGGCCACCUCUUCUGCUGGCCUUGCUUGUACCGUUGGCUUCACCACCACUCACACUCCCAAGAAUGCCCUGUCUGCAAAGCUCUCGUCCAAGACGACAAGCUCGUGCCUCUCUACGGCCGCGGCAAGAACCAGACCGACCCUAGGACCAAGCGUUACCCCGGGAUGCGGAUUCCGAACCGACCAGCUGGUCAGAGACCCGAGACCGCCUCUCCUCCUCCUCCUCAGAACGACGCGGCGAGUAACUUUUUCAACUACGGGAUUGGUUUGAUGGGUGGGUUUAUGCCGAUGGCGACGACUAGGAUUGGGAACUUCAGCUUUGGGGUUGGUGGGUUGUUGCCUUCUUUGUUUAACUUUCAGUUCCAUGGGUUUCCUGACGCGGCCCUCUAUGGAACCGCGCCUGGUUACCCUUUUGGUGGUUACCAUAACGGUUUCCGUGGAGUUCCUGGUGGUAACAAUGAACCGACGACGCAUGGUGGAGGGCACCCAAGCGAUGCAGCUCUGAAGAAUAUCCUCAUUGUCGUUGGAAUCUGCGUGUUCUUGUUCCUUUUAUUGUGAAAACAGUUUGGUUUUUUUUUUACUAUCCAGACAACAAAUGUCAAUAGAUAGUGGAGAUUUGCUUUAGGGAUGUUCCAUUUGAUAGUGCAGACAAGAACACAAUGAUCUGUUUAUGGCUGGUGCUGUGUUGGGGACCUAUUCUUAUAAAUUUAUAAGAGUAAAGAUGUUGGAAGUAUUUGUAUUAGACUCGGCAUAAGAAUUAUGUUACAAGAUACUAUCAUUUGCUAUCUCUUGUCUAAACUAUAAUAGAAAUAAUGUAUUCAUAGAGUUAAAGCUAAUUU